AUGUUUACAAGAAUCGUGAACAAGGGAGACACGUACAAGAAUAUGCUACGCAUGUGGAUAGGUCCUCGGUUGCUAGUCUUCAUCUACAAACCAGAUGAUGUCGAGGUCCUUUUGAGCAGCAGUCAACACAUCAACAAAGGCCAGGACUACGACUUCUCGCCUUGGUUGGGCAACGGUCUCCUAAUCAGUGGAGGCGACACCUGGCGGCGACAUCGCAAACUGAGCCCCACCUUCCAUCUCAACAUCCUCAAGUCGUUCAUCGACCUCAACGCCAACAGUCGAAUGCUCGUCACCCGGCUCAAGAAAGAGAGCGCCACUCGCAGAGAGUUCGACGUGCACGACUACAUGAGCGAGUGCACUGUGAGACGCUCUUGGGUGAGUUACUUACGGGACACUCUGUAUAUAAUAGAUCUCACAACCCAGAAUGAGACCAGUGGCUAUGAUUACGCAAUGGCUGUCAUGAA